AUGCAGCCCCAGCGACGCCUGCGUGAGUCCCUCACGCCCCAGCAGCUGCGUGAGUGGUACGCUGGUUGGGGCUGUAGGGGUGGCGGAGCUACUCCUACUACCACUCCUGCUGCUUCUACUCGUGGUGGCGGCCAGAUGCAGCUCCCGCGACCCUCUCGCGUGUCCCUCACGCCUCGCCAGCUUCGUGAGUGGUACGCUCAGAGUAGAGGGUCUCUCAGUGCUGUUCGCUGCUCUUACGUGAUUCGCACUGGUACUCGGACAGGUAUAGGACCUGCUGCUCUAGCUACUGGUGAGGCUGCUGCUCUAGGUGCUAGUGCGUCUCCUGCUCCAGGUACAGGUGCGGCUGCUGCUCUAGGUGCUAGUGAGUCUGCUUCCUCAGGUGCGGGUGAGGCUGCGCUCUCAGGUACCGCGUUGGCUUCGGCCUCCCUCUCCUUUACACUUGACUCUGGGGCUUCUCGCUCCUUCUUUCGGGACCGCACCACACUCACGCCGCUUGGUCGGCCGGUUGCAGUCUCCCUGGCUGACCCCUCUGGGGGUCCUGUCCUCGCUCACUUUUCCACUGUCCUCCCGUGUCCGGCUGCCCCCUCGGGCACCCUGUCUCGCCUGUACCUCCCCUCGUUCUCGACGAACUUGGUGAGUGGUGCAGACCUACAGGAUGCGGGGGUUCACCAGUUCACUCCUGCGAGUCAGCGGGUGACCCACUGCACGGACGCACGCACAGGCCGGCACCUGGCCACGUUCUCGCGUCGGCCGGGGUCGAGCCUCUACACCCUGACCACUGAGUCUCCUCCUGUCCCCGCGUCCGGUCAGGUAGCAGCGUCGGGUCAGGUGUUUGCUGCUGCGUCCAGGUCUGGUCCUGAGUCUGCCCCCUGUUCGUGUCGCCUCCUGUCUCACGAGACUCUCCUGUGGCACCACCGUCUAGGCCACCCCUCCUUGCCCCGUCUUCGGGGCAUGGUUUCCCGUGUCCUUGUCUCUGGUGCGUUGAACACACGGUGGGUUGAACACAAGGUGGGUUGA